CCUUUUUAAAGUAAGAUCUUAUCCUCGAAAUGGGUGCAGACAGAACACCAGGGAAGUUGAAGUGAAGGGAAGCUAAAGAACUCGGCAAUGGUGACGGAAUUGGGGGACGAGUUCAUGGCCGCCGAGCCCGACUCAGGCCGAGCUGCUGGAUCUUCCAGAGCUCCGAGGCUUUUCAUUAAAGAAAUGGUUAUGAGGAAUUUCAAAUCUUACGCUGGCGAACAACGCGUUGGUCCUUUCCACAAGAGUUUUUCUGCAGUGGUGGGGCCUAACGGGAGUGGCAAGAGCAAUGUAAUAGACGCUAUGUUAUUUGUCUUUGGAAAGCGAGCGAAGCAGAUGAGACUUAACAAGGUUUCCGAGCUUAUCCACAAUUCCACUAAUUACCAGAAUCUAGACAGUGCAGGUGUUUCUGUUCAUUUUCAGGAGAUAAUUGACCUGGAUGAUGGCAACUAUGAUGCUGUUCCAGGAAGUGAUUUUGUAAUCACCAGGGUGGCAUUUCGAGAUAACUCAUCUAAGUAUUACAUAAAUGAUCGUGUGAGUAAUUUCACCGAGGUCACCAAAAAACUGAAAGGGAAGGGGAUUGACCUGGACAAUAACCGAUUUCUGAUUCUUCAGGGUGAAGUUGAGCAGAUUUCAUUGAUGAAGCCCAAAGCUCAAGGACCCCAUGAUGAAGGUUUUCUUGAAUAUCUGGAAGACAUAAUUGGGACUGACAAAUAUGUUGAAAAGAUUGAAGAAUCGUAUAAGGAGUUGGAAUCCCUUAAUGAGAAAAGGUCUGGGGUGGUGCAGAUGGUUAAGUUAGCUGAGAAAGAAAGAGACAGCUUGGAGGAUGUGAAGAAUGAAGCGGAGGCAUAUAUGCUAAAAGAGUUAUCACUCCUGAAAUGGCAAGAGAAAGCCACGAAAUUAGCUUAUGAGGAUAAUGGUGCAAAGAUGAUUGAAAUGCAGACAAAUGUUUCUAGCUUAGAAGAAAGUUUAAAGGCUGAAAGAGAGAAGAUUCAAGAAAGUCAUAAAACACUGAAGGAGAUUGAGACUAUCCACAAGAAGUAUAUCAAAAGACAAGAGGAACUUGGCAAUGAUCUCAUAACAUGUAAAGAGGAGUUUAAGGAGUUUGAAAGGCAGGAUGUUAAAUAUCGAGAGGAUUUGAAGCACAAGAAGCAAAAGAUCAAGAAACUUGAAGAUAAACUCAAUAAGGACUCAUCAAAGAUUGAGCACUUAACAAAGGAGUGUGAGGACUCGACAAAUUUGAUUCCACAACUUGAGGAUGACAUUCCAAAGCUGCAAAGAAUUUUGUUGGAUGAGGAGAGAGUGUUGGAGGAUAUUGUAGAGAAUUCAAAAGUUGAAACAGAAGGAUAUCGCUCUGAGCUUGUGAAGGUUCGCGCUGAAUUAGAGCCGUGGGAAAAACAACUAAUCGAUCACAAGGGCAAACUUGAAGUUGCAUGUACUGAAAGCAAGCUUUUGAGUGAGAAGCAUGAGGCUAGUCGUGCAGCUUUUGAAGAUGCACACAAGCAGAUGGAUGACAUAUUGAGAAGAAUAGAAACAAAAACUACAAGCAUUUCCAAACUUCAGAGUGAUGUAGAAAAGCACAAAUUUGAAGCAUCAGAAGCUCGUAAAGUGGAACAAGAGUGCAUCAAAGAACAAGAAGCAUUGAUUCCACUAGAACAAGCUGCAAGACAAAAGGUUGCAGAACUUAAAUCAAUUCUUGAUUCUGAGAAAAGUCAGGGUUCAGUUAUGAAAGCAAUUUUGCAGGCCAAGGAAUCUAAUAAAAUUGAGGGAAUAUACGGUCGGAUGGGAGAUUUAGGAGCAAUUGAUGCAAAAUAUGAUGUUGCCAUAUCAACAGCUUGUCCUGGACUUGAUUAUAUUGUGGUGGAGACGACUGCUGCAGCCCAAGCAUGUGUUGAGCUGCUCCGAAGGGAGAAUCUUGGGGUUGCAACCUUCAUGAUAUUGGAGAAGCAAGUUGAUCUCUUACCAAAGAUGAAGGCUAAAGUGCGCACUCCAGAGGGAGUUUCACGUCUUUUUGAUCUAGUUAGAGUUGAGAAUGAAAGAAUGAAGCUUGCAUUUUUUGCAGCUUUGGGUAACACUGUUGUAGCAAAUGAUCUAGAUCAGGCAACACGAAUUGCAUAUGGUGGCACUUUAGAGUUUCGCCGUGUGGUUACUCUUGAUGGUGCACUUUUUGAAAAAUCUGGUACUAUGAGUGGUGGGGGAAGCAAGCCACGUGGUGGUAAAAUGGGCACGUCUAUUCGAGCUACCAGUGUUUCUACAGAAGCUGUUGCCAAUGCUGAGAAGGAGCUCUCUACUAUGGUUGAUAAAUUGAAUGGCAUCCGCCAGAGGAUAGUUGAUGCAGUAAGGAGUUACCAAGCCUCAGAAAAAGCAAUUGCACACCUGGAGAUGGAAUUGGCCAAAAGUCAGAAGGAGAUUGGCAGUUUAAAUUCAGAGCAUGGAUAUCUUGAAAAACAACUUGGUUCACUAGAGGCUGCAUCACAGCCAAGGAAGGAUGAGCUUGACAGGCUGGAUGAGCUGAAGAAAACCAUAUCUACAGAGGAAAAGGAGAUUGAUAGACUUAUGAAAGGGUCUAAAAAGCUGAAGGAUAAGGCAUUGGAACUUCAGAGUAAAAUAGAAAAUGCUGGUGGUGAAACAUUGAAAGCACAGAAGUCAAAGGUCAACAAGAUUCAGUCUGAUAUUGAUAAAACUAGCUCAGAGAUUAACCGUCACAAGGUUCAAAUAGAGACAAAUCAGAAAAUGAUGAAGAAGUUAACAAAGGGGCUUGAGGACUCGAAGAAGGAAAAGGAUCGACUUGUUGAGGAGAAGGAAAAAAUGAGAAGUGUUUUCAAAGAAAUAGAAGAAAAGGCGUUUGCAGUUCAGGAGAAUUAUAACAAGACACAAAAGCUGAUGGAUGAACACAAGGAAGUGUUGGAUAAAGCAAAAUCUGAAUAUGAAAAUGUGAAAAAAUUUGUGGAUGAGCUGCGGGCAUCAGAGGUUGAUGCUGAUUACAAAUUACAAGAUAUGAAGAAGAGCUACAAGGAGUUGGAAUUGAAGGGGAAGGGUUACAAGAAAAAGCUUGAUGACUUGCAAAAUGCUCUCACACACCACAUGGAGCAAAUUCAGAAAGAUCUGGUGGACCCUGGAAAGCUUCAAGCAACCUUGGAAGAUGAGACUCUUGCCAAGGCUUGUGAUCUGAAAAGGGCCCUUGAAAUGGUAGCAUUGCUGGAAGCACAAAUGAAAGAGAUGAACCCAAAUCUAGAUUCUAUCUCAGAAUAUCGGAGAAAGGUUUCAUUGUAUAAUGGGAGAGUUGAUGAACUGAACAUGGUCACUGAACAGCGUAAUGAUGUAAAAAAGCAGCAUGAUGAAUGGCGAAAGAAAAGGUUGGAUGAGUUCAUGGCAGGAUUCAAUACAAUAUCAUUGAAGUUAAAGGAAAUGUAUCAGAUGAUUACACUUGGAGGCGAUGCAGAACUUGAGCUAGUGGAUUCUUUGGAUCCUUUCUCUGAGGGUGUUGUUUUUAGUGUUAGACCGCCAAAGAAGAGUUGGAAAAACAUAGCUAACUUAUCGGGUGGUGAAAAGACUCUCAGCUCAUUGGCUCUUGUUUUUGCACUUCAUCACUACAAGCCUACGCCACUGUAUGUAAUGGAUGAAAUUGAUGCUGCUCUGGAUUUCAAGAAUGUUUCAAUUGUGGGACAUUAUGUUAAGGACCGGACAAAGAAUGCACAAUUUAUUAUCAUAAGCCUUAGGAACAACAUGUUUGAGUUGGCAGAUCGACUUGUUGGAAUCUAUAAAACUGACAACUGCACAAAAAGCAUUACAAUCAACCCAGGCAGUUUUGUGGUGUGUGAAAAAGUCGCUUGAUGUGCGUGUGGAUUUUGGCCAUGUCAAUUGAAAAGUGGUACGAAACAGUAUCAUAUCUGUUGAUUUGCACCUAUAUAUUAGCUUGCAAAUAUCAACUCGAUAUUUAUUUGUAGCAUUCUGAUAAAGUCAAAUCAUACUGUAUCAUUUUGAAAUAUUUAAUGUCCAGUGGUAUGCAGCAAAUUCUAGUGCAUGUUAAUUGGAUAUGAAAUGGCUUUUCCCGGAGCCAUAUAAAAUCUACAGUUUGAUAGUGUUUGUAUAUUGUGGAUUGUGCUAAACAAUUAAUAUAAAUAUCGCAAUCAAGCAUGACUGAUUUAGUGAA